GCGGAGAAAAGAAAUGGCGGGAAGAGGGGGCGCGUCUCCCGCGCUUUUUCUCCAUCUCCCGCCACCGCCAAUUUCCUGCCUUUACAACUCCCCUCCCUUGUCGUUGCCUCCUCCGUCUCGCUAGGUGUUCUUCUCCGAUCCCAUCAAUCCAUCCGCCGCCGCGAGAACAGAGUCAACCAAGAUGUUCCCAAGCCAACCCGACACCUUCUCACAGUCGCAGCUCACCUCCUCCCAGAAUGCCGCCGCUGACUCCGCAACCCCUUCCAAGAUGCGGGGCGCGUCGAGUACUAUGCCCCUCACCCUGAAGCAGAUCGCCGACGCGCAGCAAUCUGGCACCGGCGAGAAGGGCGCUCCCUUCGUCGUCGACGGCGUCGAGACGGCUAAUAUUAGGCUUGUGGGCAUGGUGAACGGCAAGGCGGAGCGGACGACGGAUGUGUCGCUCACGCUCGAUGAUGGCACCGGCCGCCUCGAUUUCAUCAGAUGGGUGAAUGAUGCUUCAGACUCUAAUGAAACUGCUGCUAUUCAGAAUGGUAUGUAUGUCUCGGUCAUUGGUAGCCUCAAGGGACUUCAAGAGAGGAAGCGUGCUACUGCUUUCUCAAUCAGGCCUAUAACUGAUUUCAAUGAGGUUACGCUGCAUUUCAUUCAGUGUGUUCGGAUGCAUAUAGAGAACACUAAAUCAAAGGUUGGGAGUACUUCACAAACAAAUUCUUCUAUGGGAGCCUCAAUCUCAAAUGGAUUCAGUGAAUCAAAAUCAAGCACAACAUCUUGGAAAUCCAAUCCAGCACCAGUGACCAGUGGAACAAAUGGAUCCAAGACUGAUUUGAAUCAACAGGUGCUGGAUAUUUUCCGCGAACCAGCAAACGUUGAGAGUGAGCAUGGGGUGCAUUUUGAUGAAAUUGUCAAGCGGUUCAAACUGCCAGAGAACAAGAUCUGGGAAGCUAUUCGUUACAAUGAAGAUGUUGGGCAUAUUUACUCAACAAUAGAUGAUUUCCAUUACAAGUCAGCUUUGACCGACUGAAGUUGUGAUCAAAAUCAACCAUAUUUAUUUACUAGCAUCCUAGCUGUUUGUGUAACGACUGAUUAGCCUAGAGGGGCAAUCGCUUCCUAGCUGCUUGUGACCAAAGUCAACCAUAUUCGUCUGAGAGACCUGAUGCCACCUCCUUGUACCAACUUAAGAAAGAUGCUCUUGAGCAAAACUGUUGAUGGUGUUAAACGAAGAUGAUCCUAUAUUUAUGGGGCAUGGAAAUAUCUUGCUGUCCUGUCUCAACUAGUUGUUUUGCAUCAUUUGAUGAAGUUAUGACAAUGAUGAUGAGUAACUCUUUGGUUAAGUUGUGAUAAAAUG